CGCUGCGCUCCACAACGAUGCAGAGCGGAGGGGUCGAUAGCACGGGGUCAGUCAUGAACUUCAAUAAUUGCUGUUAAGGUUUGUGUAAGUGCACCUGCAGCCAUGCCUGUGACAUCUCAGCUGCUCAGAGGUUUGCCUCGUGCUACGGUCUUGGCCUCCAGUCUGUUACCAUGCCCACAACACCAGGCCCAGGUAGGACCCGUCACUCACCGACCUGCUUCCAGAUGGCCCUCUCGUGUAUGGCAGAGCCAGCAGCACUCGCGGAGUUACCAGACAACCACGGCGCUCCGCAGCUACAUCCUCUCCCCCCCGCAGGUCAACUCUAUCCUGAAAGCCAACGAGUAUAGCUUCAAGGUGCCAGAGUUUGAUGGGAAGAAUGUGUCAUCAGUGAUGGGCUUCGAGAGCAACCAGCUGCCGGCCAAUGCUCCCAUAGAGGACCGUCGAAGUGCGGCCACGUGCCUGCAGACGAGAGGAAUGCUGCUGGGUGUGUUUGACGGCCACGCUGGAUGUGCCUGUGCACAGGCGCUGAGUGAGCGGUUGUUCUACUACAUAGCCGUGUCUCUGCUGCCCCACAACACACUGUGUGAGCUGGAGGCAGCGGUGGAGGCCGGCCGGGCCCUCAGUCCCAUCCUGCAGUGGCACAAGCACCCCAACGACUACUUCAGCAAGGAGGCUCAGACUCUCUACUUCAACAGCCUCAGGACCUACUGGCAGGAGUUGAUAGAUCUCACCAGCCCUGGUGAAGUUCCAGACACCCACGAGGCGUUGCUGAACGCCUUCAAGAGGCUGGACAAUGACAUUUCUCUGGAGGCUCAGGUUGGAGACCCGAAUGCUUUCCUGCAUUACUGGGUCCUGAGAGUGGCCUUUUCUGGAGCAACGGCCUGUGUGGCUCACAUCGAUGGAUCAGACCUGUUCAUAGCUAACUCAGGAGACGCUCGGGCGGUGUUGGGGGUGCAGGAGGAGGAUGGUUCGUUCAGCGCUCACACUCUCUCCAACGACCACAGCGCCCAGAACGAGGAGGAGGUGGCUCGGAUACGAGGUGAACACCCUCCAUCAGAGAGGAAGACCAUUAUACGACAGGACCGUCUGCUCGGCCUCCUCAUGCCAUUGCGUGCAUUCGGGGACGUGAAGUUCAAGUGGAGUAUUGAACUGCAGAAGGGUGUGUUGGAGUCUGGACCUGAUCAGCUCCAUGAGAACGAGCACACCAAGUUCAUCCCUCCAAACUACCACACGCCCCCCUACCUGACCGCCGAGCCGGAGAUCACGUACCACAAGCUGCGGCCACAGGAUCGCUUCAUGGUGAUUGCUUCUGACGGCCUCUGGGAGACCCUCCACAGACAGGAAGUGGUUCGUAUAGUCGGGGAGUAUUUAACGGGGGUGCACCAGCGUCAGCCCCUCAAAGUCGGAGGCUACAAGGUCACCCUGGGACAGAUGCAGGGGCUGCUCGAAGAGAGAAAGGCUCGCGUGUCUUCGGCUUUCGAGGAUUACAACUCGGCGACCCACCUGAUGCGUCACGCGGUGGGAAACAACGAAUUUGGCACGGUCGACCACGAGAGGCUGUCGAAAAUGCUGUCGCUGCCCGAAGAGCUGGCUCGCAUGUACCGCGAUGACAUCACCAUUAUCAUCUCUCAGUUCAACCCUCAUGUGAUCGGAGCACAGCGGCCAGAAGGGCAGUCCUGAGUCGUACAAAAGCCGUCCCCUGUGGACUACACACACACACACACUUGUGUAACUGUGUACACCUACACGUCGGCACACUCUGUGGACAAGCAGGCCAUACUAAGAAAGCAUCUGUCCAGCGGUCGGAAGAAUUGUUUUAACUUAUAUAAAGAAUUUGUAUGUUUGUAUGCAGUGCUAGAGGAGAUCCGGUUCCUCAUGAAGGUAAGGUCUUCAUUGGAUUGAAGUAUCUUAUAUAUAUAUAUAUAUAUAUAACAUGCUAUUGAUGAUUCAAUAUCCUCUGGUUUCGUAUACAUUUCUCUGCGUGGCUAAAAAGACGCUGUUACAAACAGAUUUUUGUGCCAAAAGAGUCAACUUCCCUCGUUUGCUGAAGGACGGAGCAGGGUUGAAAUGAUCCAAAGAGGGUGAAGGUUCAUGAGUGAAGAAGCCGUGGUGGAUGCAGCACUGAUUGACCUGCCUCUCUUUAUAUGGACUCUAGCUGGGCUGUGCCAUUAUAACACCAACACCAUCUUUCUCUGCCCUCUGGAGUUCCCAGGCACAAUCGAUCUUACUUUCUAGGCUGCACCUGUUACAACUGGGGGCUGUUACAUCUGCAUGUUUUUACUCCUUUGUGUAUUUCAUAGUAUGAUAUAUUCUUAGUACUGUCCAAGCAUACACAUUUUCUGCAGUUACACUUCAGUCUGAGUAUUUAGAUGAUGUUUAGUAGCCUACUGACUUUCAAGGGUCGCAAGAUGAUGAUUGGGAAGAGAGAGAAAAAUGAUGUUGCAUAAAACGCAUCUAUUUAAAUAAAAACUGGAAACCUCUAAAAUUGGGCCACACGCCAAAAAGCCUGGGAACCAGCGAGCUAGUGAUUGUUUUCGUUUCAAAUCUAAUAUGCUGGAGCACAAAAUUGGAGCAACAUUUACAGGCUGCAGAGUGUUGACGGGUCACUGUGCACCACUACAGGUCGACAGUAGAAGUAAUUAAGUAAAUUACUCUCCACUUAUAUAAUACAGCACCACUGGUUAGUGAUGGGGGAAAACUCAAAGUCAGUUUGUCUGUUAGUGAACCUCUAAGUCUAAGCAGACACUGUGUGAAAACGUGUAGUUCUUUUUCAAGCUUUGUUGGGUGAGAAGUUCAUCAUGCCUUGUGUUAUUUUUUCUGACAGGUCAUUAGCAGUUUUGGUUGGGUUUUUAUUACUCAUGACAGCAAAAAAAAAAAAGCAGAAGCAUUCUCCUAACACUCUAGUUGAACACUAAUGACUGUGUUUAAGUGUAAAACCCAAAUAACUGAGCAGAAUGUACAUUGUUAAAGAUUAUUUAUACAGCUCUGACAGUAUGUUACACUGCUUAUUUACAGUUGUAUGUAUAGAUUGUAACUUAUGUGGGUUCAAUUUUGUAAAUGGAAUGGUUUAAUAAAACACUAAAUACACACCACUUGGUACUUUGCUGUGUGUUUCCGGUGGUGCAUCCGGGUAACCUCCACCUUGAGGGAUAGCCUGUUGCAGGUGUGACUGCUUUU